GCGGCUGGCAUGGGACAGUGCUUACGGCAUCAGAUGCACUGGGAGGACCUGGAGGAAUACCAGGCCCUCACCUUCCUGACCAGAAAUGAAAUCCUCAGCAUCCACGACACCUUCCUGAAGCUCUGUCCCCCGGGGAAGUGCUACAAAGAGGUAACACUGACUAUGGACCAGGUCAGCUCACUGCCAGCCCUGAGGGUCAACCCCUUCAGAGACCGGAUCUGCAGAGUGUUCUCACACAACAACGUGCUGUCCUUUGAGGAUGUGUUGGGCAUGGCAUCUGUGUUCAGCGAGCAGGCUUGCCCCAGCCUGAAGAUUGAGUAUGCCUUUCGCAUCUAUGACUUCAACGAGAACGGCUUCAUUGACGAGGACGACCUACACAGGAUCGUCCUCCGGCUGCUCAACAGCGACGACGUGUCGGAGGACCUGCUGGCUGAUGUCACAAGACACGUCCUGAGUGAGUCAGAUCUGGACAAUGACAACAUGCUGUCUUUUUCUGAGUUCGAGCAUGCCAUGGCCAAGUCUCCAGACUUCAUGAAUGCCUUUCGGAUCCACUUCUGGGGAUACUGAUGUUGACCUGUUCUGGCAGCCUGGAAUGGGGAGAGCAACUGAGACUCAGAACUCAGAUUCUCUGGACAUCGGGGGGCUCUGAGUAGGCUGAGGCUGUGUCCCUACCCCCCAACCCCCACAACUCUCCUAUUGUCUGCUUAAUAAAACCAGAGAACAUCCCCUUCCUUGCCCACACCAGCUCAUCACUGUGGAACUCAGGGUCGUGUGACGCCCUCUGUAUGAGGCUUUGUUCUUUCCAGGGCUCAGUUUACCCAUGACACCAUGUGGGCUGGGAUGCCUGGUCCCGUCUAGGGUUCAAGUCCUAGCUCACGUCAUAGUAGGGACCAGGCCAAAUGGGGUGAAGUUCCCAGGGAAUAUAUAUGUCCUCCCUCCCCCACUGGAGCCCCCCCUUAUCCCAGACUCCCUCCUGGUGUCCCCCAGUGUGGCAGGCAGAGAUGCACAUGUGACCAUCUUUCCCACUGGCACCCAGCUUCCCAGCCCUUCCUGAGGCUACACUUAGG